UCCAAGAUGGCGCCCCCAGGAGCUGGGAGCGGGUGACCGGCGGCGGGGAAGCGGCCUGGGCUGGCCCUCAGAUUGCGGGGUCUCGGGGGCCUGUCGCGGGGCGCCCCCGUGACCCACCGACCAGGCCUUCCCCCGGGCCGGAGCGAUGGCCGCCGAGAACAGCAAGCAGUUCUGGAAGAGGAGUGCCAAGCUGCCGGGGAGCAUUCAGCCCGUGUAUGGAGCCCAGCAUCCUCCUCUGGACCCUCGGCUUACCAAAAACUUCAUCAAAGAACGGUCAAAAGUCAAUUCAGUUCCUCUGAAGAACAAGAAGGCCUCUAGUUUCCAUGAAUUUGCCCGGAAUACCAGUGACGCUUGGGACAUUGGCGAUGACGAGGAAGAGGACUUUUCCUCACCUCCUUUCCAAACUCUGAACUCAAAAGUGGCUCUGGCAACUGCAGCCCAGGUCCUGGAAAACCACAGCAAGCUAAGGGUAAAACCAGAACGGUCCCAGUCGACAACAUCAGACGUCCCUGCCAACUACAAGGUCAUAAAGUCCAGCAGUGACGCCCAACUGUCCCGAAACUCCAGUGACACGUGCCUGAGGAACCCACUCCAUAAACAGCAGUCUCUCCCUCUCCGUCCCAUCAUCCCCCUUGUCGCCCGGAUCUCAGACCAGAAUGCAUCUGGGGCCCCUCCAAUGACAGUCCGGGAGAAAACCCGCCUAGAAAAGUUCCGCCAGCUGCUUUCCAGCCACAACACUGACUUAGAUGAACUGAGGAAGUGGAGCUGGCCAGGCGUUCCCAGGGAAGUCCGACCAGUGACCUGGAGACUCCUGUCGGGCUACCUCCCGGCCAACACCGAGCGGCGGAAGCUCACCCUGCAGCGGAAGCGUGAGGAGUACUUUGGCUUCAUUGAGCAGUACUACGACUCUCGGAAUGAGGAGCACCACCAGGACACCUACCGGCAGAUUCACAUUGACAUUCCAAGGACGAACCCUCUCAUCCCACUGUUCCAGCAGCCGCUUGUCCAGGAGAUCUUUGAAAGAAUUCUCUUUAUCUGGGCCAUCCGACACCCCGCCAGUGGCUAUGUCCAGGGAAUUAAUGACCUGGUCACUCCGUUCUUUGUCGUCUUCCUCUCGGAAUAUGUGGAAGAGGACGUGGAGAACUUCGACGUGACCAACCUGUCUCAGGACAUGCUGCGAAGCAUCGAGGCCGACAGCUUCUGGUGCAUGAGCAAGCUGCUGGAUGGGAUCCAGGAUAAUUACACCUUUGCACAACCAGGGAUCCAGAAGAAGGUCAAGGCCCUGGAAGAGCUUGUCAGCCGGAUCGAUGAGCAGGUCCACAGUCACUUCAGGAGGUACGAGGUGGAGUACCUGCAGUUUGCCUUCCGGUGGAUGAACAACCUGCUGAUGCGGGAGCUCCCUCUACGCUGCACCAUCCGCCUGUGGGACACCUACCAGUCUGAGCCUGAAGGGUUCUCGCACUUCCAUCUCUAUGUAUGCGCAGCCUUCUUGAUCAAGUGGAGGAAGGAGAUUUUGGAUGAGGAAGACUUUCAGGGCCUCCUCAUGCUGCUGCAGAACCUGCCGACGAUCCACUGGGGCAAUGAGGAGAUCGGGCUGCUGCUGGCCGAGGCCUACAGACUCAAGUACAUGUUCGCAGAUGCCCCCAACCACUACCGACGAUAGGUGCUGUCUCCCUGGGGACCCAGACCCCCCCAUCUCUGAUGGCGAUUUCAUCACUGUGGCCACUGUGCAAGCCAUGGGCCCCAGCCAGGAACCACUCCUGCUGUACAAAGCUCGCCUUCCACCACCGCUGCCACCACCGCCACCCAGGUCUUAACUUCACAGCAUCCGCCACUUUGUGUCUCUGGAUGUGUGUCUGGGACCACUGUCAGUAUUCUGUGCCGUGUGUAUGGACCGGGCUCUGGGAGGGGGCAGAGGAGGCAACCGUUGUUUUUCUCUCCGGAAGACACUGGACAAAAGAA